UUUUGUAUCAAUAGAAUUGGCAGCAUAUUACAAAUUGUAUUUGUUAAUGUAUGUUCUUAGAGAUGAAGUUUUUGGUACCUCAGAUUAUUUGUGGGUUUAUAAAGGAAACUUUUUAAAAUAAGAGAAAUUGAAAACAUUUCAGUAGCAUCACUGAUGAAACAAUACAAAGCUACAUUUUUUAGUUAUAACUCCUAAUUAUCUAAAAGAUUACUUAACUAGAUUUCUUGCUUAUUUUGGUUGUUAACAUACCUGUAGCCCUUCCUAGACUGUCAGGUUCCAAAGCAUAGGCAUAUUUUUUAUCAUCAGCCCAUUCCUCAGCACAUAGUACAACAACAGUCAUAUUUAUUGAACAAAUUAAUGAAUGAGUUGCCUGUGUGUUUCGUCAUUUGAUUAUUUAUUUGUUCAGCUUUUAGGGCAAAGAGAGUAAAGAAAAUAAUGACAUUGAAACUAGAUAAUUAUGCUGGUUAAUUUGUCAGAGGUACUGUAAAAGGUUUGGUAGAAGAGUCUGGAAUGUUGGCUAAAUCUAACAAUAUGAAUAGUACCAUCUUUUUCUAAUCCAAUAUUGACUCUACUCUGGGAAAAAUAAUAUAGUGCCCUCUAACUUAUGGAUUUGUUUAAAAUUUUUGCAGCAUUCUUUAUGUCGAUGAAGCACUGCACUUUCCACAAUAAACCAUUUUUCACAGCAAAUGUUUUGAUUCUUAAAGUUGACAAUAAUAUACUUUACUUAAUUUGAGUUCUCUAACACAGCAUAUCAGUUCACUUGCAAAGUGAUAUCUAUUUGGGAGACUAUUAACUUAUCAGAAUAUUUGGCACAUCAGAAGAGUUUCCUGUAAUAGUAGUCAUGUAGGCUGUGGGUAUGAAAAAAGAUCAUGCUCACAAACCUACAAAAAUUUUUUAUAGAUGUGGAAUUACAUCAUAGUUAAUAUAUAAUAAUAGCUCCAGUCUGAAAACUAAGUAACUAAUUUUUAUAAUAUUUAACAACUAAUCAUUUUUGCUAUCAUCUAUCUUUAUCUCUGUAAUUAGGAAAGGACUUGCUAAUACUCAUUAAUAGUUGAUUUUAUGCUUGCAUGCAGUAUAGACAGUACCAUGUAUGUGCAUCAGAGGCUAACUUGAUUUAAAUUUCAUUUGACUUUUAUGAGUUAUCAUUUACCAAAUUUUAAUGUGUUGAAGAUUAUCAAUGUAUAAAUUUAUACUCUGACCUCAAAGUGAAACUUUUUUAAAUCAACUCUUUGAAACUCUUUGAAAUAUUAGCAUUUUAUAAAUGUGAUGAGUAAGAUUACGGUUCUGCCCUCUUGGUUUUUUUCCUAUGCAUAUUUGCUCAUGUAAAAUUAUUGAAUUAAGAACAUCAUUAACUCUUCUAUUCCCUGUGUUUAAUUAAGUACCUAUAAAGGCUCAGGCUAAGGUGGUUGGGACAUGCUUUUGUUACAGUGUAGUAACCAACUGCUCAAUAACAAAAAAACACAUCAUGAUUAUAUAUUAUAAAUUUUUAAAAUACUUAUUGUAAGUGUUGGGGGUACUUCUUGUCUUAUUUUUAUGUUCAGAGUUAAAGAAUGUGAAGAAUUGUUAAAUAUUUUGAGUGAUUCAACUUUGAAACAAAGAUAGUUUAAAAACUAUUCUGAAAUACAGGUGCCUGGGUGGCUCAGUCACUUAAUCAUCUGACUCUUGAUCUCAGCUCUAGUCUUGAUCUCAAGGUCAUAAAUUCAAGCCCUGUGCUGGGCUCUGUGCUGCGUGUGAAGCCUACUAGGCAAACAAACAAACAAACUCUCCUGAAAUAAUAAGGUGAAACUCUUGCAAGUGGUAACAGUUUUUAUAUAUAUGCAUCUUCAUUUUUUUCAUAUUGACAAGACAAAAUAUAGAAUAAUGUAUGUGUUGAUGUUGAUAUAAAGCUGUAAGUUUCAUCCAUAUCUAUAGAUUUUUAGUUUUUAUUAAAAGGCAUAUUGUUCUCAUUGUUUGACCUUUUGGUAAUUAUUACAUAUUUGAACUUACUAUACUGUAUACUAAGAUACUCCUCUAUGUAUUUUAUGUAUGGCAAUCUCUGUAAGAUUUCAUUUGAAAAAUGAAGUCUCUCUUCAAAAACAAUUUUAAAAACUCCUGGGAUAGAAAUAGAUGCUUUUUAACUAAGUAGUCUCUGGAAGCCAGUAUUGUCUAAGAUUCAGCAAGUUCUGUAAGUUGUGAUUGUUAGAAAUUAAACUCCUUUUCCCUUGGUUCUACAACUUCCUUUGUUAAGGCUAAGCUUCCUAACUUCAUUUUGGUACUGUGGAUGUUAUGUUGUACCAUUCAAACCUUGAGAAAUAGUUGGCCCAUUGGGCUGCAUGAGAUAUUUGUCUAAAGUAGUUGUGUGCCAGUGGAUUCAAGGGGACCAAAUGAGAGAAGUUAUUCGUAACUGGUGUAAACCACCGAUUUGCUACCUGUCUUGGUUUGAGAAUUAUUUCAGCAGGACAAAAGACUUUAUGGACCAUCCUAACCAACACACUUCUGCUUACUACCAUAAAAACAAAAUUCAGUGGGUGAACGAUUUAGGAUGAAUCAUUAUUUUAACAUUUUUCAUGCAUUGUAGAAAUAAGAUUGUGAGCUUGUUUGAUAAACAAUAAUUCAGUAUAAGAUAGACGCUUGGCAUUUGUGAAUAUAACCUGUUGUUUUGACUCUUUGUGAGUGAUCCUGAAGGAAUACAAUAAUAUGUGGAAAUUUGUAAAUGUUAGGGCUUUUGUAAAGGUUUAAAUAGGAUAAUGUAUAUAAAAGUCCUAUCUCACCUUUUUUUGCACAUUUUUUAAUUGGGUUUUCUUUUUUCUUACUGAUUUGAAGAAGUUAUUUAUAUAUCCUACUUGGUUUUUUAAAAUUUAAUUUAUUUUUUUAAUUUACAUCCAAGUUAGUUAGCAUAUAGUGCAACAAUGAUUUCAGGAGUAGAUUCCUUAAUGCCCCUUACCCAUUUAGCCCAUCCCCCCUCCCACAACCCCUCCAGUAACACUCUGUGUGUUCUCCAUAUUUAAGAGUCUCUUAUGUUUUGUCCCCUCCCUGUUUUUAUAUUAUUUUUGCUUCCCUUAUGUUCAUCUGUUUUGCAUCUUAAAGUCCUCAUAUGAGUGAAGUCAUAGGAUAUUUGUCUUUCUCUGACUGACUAAUUUCACUUAGCAUAAUACCCUCCAGUUCCAUCCACAUAGUUGCAAAUGGCAAGAUUUCAUUCUUUUUCAUCCUGAGUAAUACCCCAUUGUAUAUAUAAACCAAAUCUUCUUUAACCAUUCACCAGUUGAUGGACAUUUGGGCUCUUUCCAUACUUCAGCUAUUGUUGAUAGUGAUGCUGUAAACAUUGGGGUGCACGUGCCCCUUCGAAACAGCACAUCUGUAUCCCUUGGAUAAAUACCUAGUAGUGCAAUUGCUGGGUCGUAGGGUAGUUCUAUUUUAAAUUUUUUGAGGAAACUCCAUACUGUUUUCCAGAGUGGCUGCACCAGUUUGCAUUCCCACCAGCAGUGCGAAAGAGAUCCUCUUUCUCCGCAUCCUCACCAACAUCUGUUGUUGCCUGAGUUGUUAGUGUUAGCCAUUCUGAUAGGUGUGCGGUGGUAUCUCAUGGUGGUUUCGAUUUGUAUUUCCCUGAUGAUGAGUGAUGUUGAGCAUUUUUCAUGUGUCAGUUGGCCAUCUGGAUGUCUUCCUUGGAGAAGUGUCUAUUCAUGUCUUUUGCCCAUUUCUUCACUGGAUUAUUUAUUUUUUGGGUGUUGAGUUUGAUAAGUUCUUUAUAGAUUUUGGAUACUAACCCUUUAUCUGAUAUGUCGUUUGCAAAUAUCUUCUCCCGUUCUGUAGGUUGCCUUUUAGCUUUGCUGAUUAUUUCCUUUGCUGUGCAGAAGCUUUUUAUUUUGAUGAGGUCCCAGUAGUUCAUUUUUGCUUUUGUUUCCCUUGCCUCCCUUCUUACUCUUGCUUCCAGAGUAAGAAGUUGCUGCAGCCAAGGUCAAAGAGGUUUAUGCCUGCUUUUUCCAAGAGGAUUUUGAUGGCUUCCUGUCUUACAUUUAGGUCUUUCAUCCAUUUUGAGUUUAUUUUUGUGUAUGGUGUAAGAAAGUGGUCCAGGUUCAUUUUUCUGCAUGUCACUGUCCAGUUUUUCCAGCACCAGUUGCUGAAGAGACUGUCUUUAUUCCAUUGGGUAUUCUUUCCUGCUUUGUCAAAGAUUGGUUGGCCAUACAUUUGUGGGUCCAUUUCUGGGUUCUCUAUUCUGUUCCAUUGAUCUGAGUGUCUGUUCUUGUGCCAUCUACCUCAAAUUUAAAUUAGUAGGACUGAGAGACCAGAGUACACAAGUAUAUAGUUUAUGUGUUAUCCUAGCCAACAGCCUCAAUGCACAUCUCAGUAAAAGAAAUUUGGAGAUUCUUAAAGGACUCCACAGUUUUCCAUUGCAGACAUCAAUGACCUAAUAUAGUCCUGUUUGCCCCAAACCUAAGAAAACCUGGAGAAUUUUUACAGGUAAUCUAAUUUAGGGAUGGAGACAUACUCUGUAUAAUGGGACACAUAAUGAUUUUAAAAAGUUGAUAUUAAGAAUUAAUGUAAUGGCUCUUAGAUCUUGUAGCUAGUAUUCUAUGCAAUGACACUGAUGAUUAUAUGAUGGCUCCUUGAGAUAUUCCAUGGUCAUGCUCACAGUUAAAUAAGAAUUUGGAUAAGACACAAAAACAGGAAAAAAAUUGUUUUUAUCAACAGAAUGCCCUUGUGUCCAAAAAUCUUAUGUGGGACAGAUGCAAGUGUGAUGUUCCAGUUAAGAGGAGGGAGAAGGCAAGAGACUACUGCUAGGCCUACCUAGCUGCUGGCCCUUUCCUUCUCCUGACACAGAUGAGCACCUGUGGCAGCCCUCUGGAACCCUGGAGUUCCAUAGAACACAUUUUGAAAACUAUCCAUUCAGACUGUUAACAUGUUUUUUUCUGCUGGUAAUCCUGUAUAUAGACUUACCUCCUUCAAUCCAUCCAUUUUGAGGAUUGCUGCCAGAAUGAUCUUCCUAAAAUAUCAAGUCACUCCCCUACUGAAAAAACCAUUUUAAGGAUUUCUUAGUAAGACAUUUAAGAUAAUCCACAAUGUAGCUUCAAUAUGCCUUGUCAGAGAUAACGUCUGUCCUCUAAUGUUAUUCUGGACUGCUUAGUAUUCCCUGAACAUGCAUUACUUUUCCUAACUUCCCAUUUUUCUAAUGUUGUUCAAACCCAACAAGUCCAAAAAUUAACUCAUUGUCUGUCUCUCCAAUCCAAACCAACUUCUCCUGAUUUCUCAACACUGUUAAUAGCACCACAAUCCCAUUGAAAUCCUCAUUCAUCCAUUAUGUUCCAUCACAAAUGCCAUUCCUUUUAGGAAGCCAUUCUUCAUUCCAGGUUGGAAUUUAUCCCUUUUUCUGAAACUUAGUAACAUUUUAUGUCUAAUGACUGCCAGAACCUAACUCCAUUUUAUGUAUAAACAUGAAGUAUUUUUGGAUGGUUUUAAUACAGCCUAAGUUGUCUAGCAAUGCAACUACUAUAUAAAUGAAGAGAAGAUGAUUCUUUGUUAUGUUGAGAGCCAAGACUCUUUUGCCAUUAUUGAUGCAACCUGUAUCCUUCUGCAUUUUUAGCCCUUACAUUCAUGGUGACUCUACAAAUAUAUCUGACUACAAUAAUAUUAUGUUUUCUAGAAUGAUUGUGCUGGGAUAUUUACAUAUUGAAAGACAAAUUAUUUUGUUAUUUUUUUAUCUUUAUAUGACAGUUGGGGCUUUAUUAAAAAAACUCACAUGUGUGGAUAGGUUAUAUUUAAUUCAUGAUGAUAAAAGAGGUAUUACAAAAUAUUUUUUCUAAAAGGGGGACACUUCUUUCUGAGUCAUUGACUGUGUGCAUCAGAGUGGUCUGAGCUGGGGGGUCUUUCACCAAGAUGCUUCAAAGCCUUUUAAAAAAUGUUUGGGUCCCCAUGAAGCCCUACUAUACCCAAGUGUACCAGGAGAUUUGGGUAGGAAUGGAGUUGAUGGGCUUCAUUGUUUAUAAAAUCGGGAAUGAUUAUAAAAGAAAUAAAGCUUUGAAAACUUUGAGUCCUGCACUUGCUUGUGGUCAUCAUUAACCAGUUUUACUUGGAAUACACAUCAGCUGGAACGUCAGUCUGUCUAUAAAUCUCAGUAAGUUAGUUCUGUGCUCUGUUGGAUAGAAACGUGAAACAUCGCUGUACACUUGUAGACAUGUUGUUUCCUUUGUGGCAUGAAUAGAUGUAACUGUGAGAUGCAAAAAAUAAAAAAUAAAAAAUAAAAAUAAAAGGAAGACACUUGGCCUUGAUAGAUUAGGUUGAGAAUCUUUCUAAGUUUACUGUACUACAAGAGAACAGCCACAGCCUAAAUAAGAUAAUGUUUAUGAAAAUCAUCUUGUAUAGUACUAGACACAAAGUUGAGGUCUAGCAAAUGUUUAUUUUAGUUCAUAAAUCAUUUACAGGUAUCCUUUAGACCCUUGCCAAUCUAAAUAUAAUCUGUGGACCAGCAUCAGCAACAUCUGGCAGUUGUUACAAAUGCAGAAUCUUAGGCCAGACUUGCUGAAUUAAAAUCUGCAUUUUAACAAGGUUCCUAGGGAAUUCUUGUGCAUAUUGAAAUCUUAUCGGCCUUGGGGCGCCUGGGUGGCUCAGUCGGUUAAGCGGCCAACUUCGGCUCAGGUCAUGAUCUCACGGUCCGUGGGUUCGAGCCCCGCGUCGGGCUCUGUGCUGACAGCUCAGAGCCUGGAGCCUGUUUCGGAUUCUGUGUCUCCCUCUCUCUGACCCUCCCCCAUUCAUGCUCUGUCUCUCUCUGUCUCAAAAAUAAAUAAACGUUAAAAAAAAAAAUUUGAAAUCUUAUCAGCCUUGCCCACAGUUUGAAAAGUGUCAG